AUGGUUGUAAGGCAGUGUGUCAGAUGGAACAAAGAAGUAACUUCCUGUUUCUUCAUCUCUGUCCAUAGUGUUAUUAACAUCAUCAUUAUCCUGGCUGGAGCAAUUGUACUCAUCAUUGGCUUUGGUAUUUCAGGCAAACACUUCAUCAUUGUCAGGACGUUCACCUCGGCUGGAAACAUCGGAGAGGAUGGGAUCCUGAGCUGCACUUUCGAACCUGACAUCAAGCUCAAUGGCAUCGUCAUCCAGUGGCUGAAAGAAGGUACCGUGGGUUUGGUCCAUGAGUUCAAAGAAGGCAAAGAUGAUUUCUCACAGCAGCAUGAAAUGUUCAGAGGCCGGACAGCAGUGUUUGCUGAUCAAGUCGUGGUUGGCAAUGCUUCCCUGAGACUCAAAAACGUGCAACUCAUAGACGCUGGCACCUACACAUGUUACAUCCGCACUUCAAAAGGCAAGGGGAAUGCAAACCUCGAGUAUAAGACCGGAGCCUUCAGUGUGCCAGAGAUAAACGUGGACUAUAAUGCCAGUUCAGAGACUUUGCGCUGUGAGGCUCCUCGGUGGUUCCCCCAGCCCACAGUGGCCUGGGCAUCUCAAAUUGACCAAGGAACCAACUUCUCAGAAGUCUCCAACACCAGCUUUGAGUUGAACUCUGAGAAUGUGACCAUGAAGGUUGUGUCUGUGCUCUACAAUGUCACGAUCAACAACACCUACUCCUGUAUGAUCGAGAACAGCCUUGCCAAAGCCACAGGGGACAUCAAAGUGACAGAUUCGGAGGUCAAAAGGCGGAGUCAGCUGCAGCUGCUGAACUCAGGGCCUUCCCCACGUGUUUCUUCUGUCUUUUUGGUUGUCUGGCCACACCUAGCUCUCUCCACUUACCUGAUGCUAAGAUGA